AUGAGCUCCCUGAGCUUACGGAGCUUGGCUCCCGCGUCCAAGGUUUCCCGUGCGUUGAGGGAUCAAAGACGUCUCUUCUCGUCUUCACGGCCUGCAGCCCGGAUAUGGGCCAACCAGCCGCUGCGCGCCAAGGAGGCCAAUGGAUAUAUUUCGGACAAGUACCCGGUCAUUGAUCACGAGUACGAUGCCGUCGUCGUCGGUGCCGGUGGUGCCGGUCUGCGCGCGGCUUUCGGUCUGGCCGAAGCUGGUUUUAACACUGCCUGUGUUUCCAAGCUCUUCCCUACGAGAAGUCACACUGUCGCUGCCCAGGGUGGUAUCAACGCGGCCCUUGGAAACAUGCACACCGAUGACUGGAGAUGGCACAUGUACGAUACAGUGAAGGGUUCUGAUUGGCUUGGUGACCAGGAUGCGAUUCACUAUAUGACCCGCGAGGCACCCGCUAGUGUCCGCGAGCUCGAGGGUUACGGUUGCCCCUUCUCCCGGACCGAAGAUGGACGUAUCUACCAGCGUGCCUUCGGUGGUCAGUCCAAGGAGUUCGGCAAGGGUGGUCAGGCCUACCGCUGCUGUGCUGCCGCUGACCGAACCGGCCACGCCCUUCUGCACACCCUUUACGGCCAGUCGCUGCGCCACAACACCAACUACUUCAUCGAGUAUUUUGCUCUCGAUCUCCUGAUGGAGGACGGCGAGUGCCGCGGUAUCAUCGCCUAUAACCAGGAGGAUGGUACCCUCCACCGCUUCAAGGCUCACCACACGGUUCUCGCCACUGGUGGUUACGGCCGUGCCUACUUCAGCUGCACCUCGGCCCACACUUGCACCGGUGACGGUAUGGCGAUGGUCGCUCGUGCCGGUCUCCCCAACCAGGACCUGGAGUUCGUCCAGUUCCACCCGACUGGUAUCUACGGUGCCGGUUGUUUGAUCACAGAGGGCUCUCGUGGUGAGGGUGGCUACCUGCUCAACUCGGAGGGUGAGCGUUUCAUGGAGCGAUACGCCCCGACUGCCAAGGAUCUGGCCUCGCGUGACGUUGUGUCUCGGUCUAUGACUCUCGAAAUUCGUGAGGGCCGUGGUGUCGGUCCUGAGAAGGACCACAUCUACCUGCAGCUCAGCCACCUGCCCGCCGAGCUUCUCCACGAGCGUCUGCCCGGUAUCUCCGAGACCGCCUCGAUUUUCGCUGGUGUCGAUGUUACCAAACAGCCCAUCCCCGUCCUGCCCACCGUCCACUAUAACAUGGGUGGUAUCCCCACCAAGUACACUGGCGAGGUUCUGAGCGUCGACGAGAACGGCAAGGACAAGGUCGUUCCCGGCCUGUACGCCUGCGGUGAGGCCGCCUGUGUGUCUGUGCACGGUGCCAACCGUCUGGGUGCCAACUCCCUACUCGACCUGAUUGUUUUCGGUCGGGCCGUUUCGCACCGUGUCCGCGACAUCGCUAGCCCUGGUGCGCCUCACAAGGAACUGGCCGCCGACGCGGGUGCCCAGUCGAUCAAGGACCUCGACUUCGUCCGCACCGCUGACGGUCCCAAGUCGACCUUCGACAUCCGUAACGCCAUGCAGAAGGCCAUGCAGACGGAUGUCAGUGUGUUCCGUACCCAGGACAGCUUGGAUGAGGGUGUUAGCCGUGUUGCCGAGAUCGACCAGUGGUACUCGCAAGUCGGCACCAAGGACCGCAGCAUGAUCUGGAACUCCGACCUGGUGGAGACCCUUGAGCUCCGCAACCUGUUGACUUGCGCUACGCAAACUGCCGUGGCUGCCGCUAACCGCAAGGAGUCCCGUGGUGCCCACGCGCGGGAGGACUUCCCUGAGCGUGAUGACGAGAACUGGAUGAAGCACACUUUGACUUGGCAGAAGGAGGCCCACGGCAAGGUGGAUCUGGACUACCGUUCCGUCGAGGACAAGACCCUGGACGAGAGCGAGUGCAAGCCGGUGCCGCCAUUCAAGCGUGUGUACUAA